AUGCAUCGCACCACGGUAGCCAUUAGCGCGGUGCUGGUGCUGAGCUUGGCCGGUGCUGCCCACGCGUGGGGUGGCCUCUUCAACCGGUUCAGCUCCGAUAUGCUGGCCAACUUGGGCUACGGGCGCUCACCCUACCGCCAUUAUCCUUAUGGGCAGGAGCCCGAAGAAGUAUACGCGGAGGCGUUGGAGGGCAACCGCAUCGAUGACGUCAUUGAUGAGCCGGCGCACUGCUACAGCGCUCCAUGUUCCACCAACGGCGACUGUUGCCGAGGUCUGCUGUGCUUAGAUACAGAGGACGGAGGGCGCUGUCUGCCAGCUUUUGCGGGAAGAAAACUAGGCGAGAUCUGCAACCGAGAGAACCAAUGUGAUGCUGGACUGGUGUGCGAGGAAGUUGUACCUGGCGAGAUGCACGUCUGCCGACCCCCAUCAGCUGGCCGCAAGCAAUACAAUGAGGACUGCAACUCUUCAAGCGAAUGUGACGUCACUCGAGGACUGUGCUGCAUCAUGCAACGACGACACCGACAGAAGCCUAGGAAGAGCUGCGGAUAUUUCAAGGAACCCCUGGUCUGCAUCGGUCCAGUGGCCACUGAUCAGAUUCGAGAGUUCGUCCAGCACACCGCCGGCGAAAAACGCAUCGGCGUAUACCGACUUCAUUAA